UUUGAGGAUGUAUAUUACUACUUCAUAACCAAUCAUAGAAAGGCAAUUUGUAUCUAUUUUAUCAAGCAUAUAUCAACAAUAUCCACCUUUGAUCGUUUAGAGACUUCAUGUGGCUGAUAAAAAUGUUAAUCUGUUGGCAAGCCAGAUCUAUAUCCAGGGAAUAAUCAUAAAUCAUAGCUUGGCUGUAUAUUAUUUGUCGCCAGGAUCCCUUGGAUUUGAUUAUCAACAGUUUAUUACUCACAGAGGGCGACUAGCAAUUCUUGCACCUCUGCUUCUAUUCAGCAAGAUGUAAUUUUUUUAGUGAUAACCCCAUAACCUCUUGUUAUUAGGACGUAAUAGCUUAUCUGGAGCCCAUUAACUUUCAAAUCCUCCACGUGCUAACAUUUACAGGAUUCCCACUUUGUUAUUUUGAAAAAAACAAACAAACAAACCAUAAAGAAGCCCAUAUUUUUUAAUUUAUCUAUAAAUGACGGCAACUUUGUGGCCGGGCUGUGAAACUUCUCAGGAUAGUCCCUCGUCCUCACUGAGCUGAGCUCUCUCUCUCUCUCUCUCUCGUGCGCGCGCAGACACAACAAUGUCUAACGUCUUUCUGAUGAUACUUUUUGCCGUGCUCUUUAUGUCCAUAGUUCCACAGAAGACAGAUGGGGAAUUUGAGCAAUGGUGCAUAGCAGAUGAACAGGCUCCAGAUGAGGAGUUGCAGGUGGCCUUGGAUUGGGCAUGUGGAAAAGGAGGUGCAGAUUGUAUCAAAAUUCAGGUCAAUCAACCCUGCUAUUUUCCAAACACUGUGAGGGACCAUGCUUCCUAUGCAUUCAAUGAUUACUUUCAGAAAUUCAAGCACAAAGGUGGAUCUUGCUACUCCAAAGGUGCCGCCUUGAUCACAGAACUUGACCCAAGUUAUAACUCUUGCCAGUACAAGUUUGUUCCUUGAUUCCAAGUACCUACAAUUGAAGUACUGUAAUUUGAGAGCUUUUCUUGUCUUUAGCUUUGCCUUUAUAGUGAGUAAUGAGAAUGGUUUUUCUUAAUGUAAGCAAACUGAUGAUAAAAAAACCUACAAAGUGAGGUUGAAAUCAUUUUGGGUUCUGGUAAUUAUCUAAAAGGGAAAAAAACAAUGAGAAUGGUUAUCUACAAAGUAAUGAUCUAGUGCUUGAA